UUUAACAUCAACUUGACAGAAGUAGAUAUGGCUGCAGUUAUAAAUUUAAGUCAAACUAAUUUUAAAUUGUUAAAUUUAUAUUUAAAGAAAACAUAUAGUUAUAGGAAUUUCAGUCACUUACAUGCGAAGCGAAAAAUAUACCACAGCUAUAUUCCCAUUGUUAUCCAAACGCAACAGUCAAGUUCCAGUUCCAAAGAUAUUGAGGGUGGUAAAAAAGUACUACUUGGGGGAGGAAUUUUAGCCUCAGCUUUAAAACGAAUAACUUUUAAUACUAGAAAGACUCCACCUGUAAGAGGAUGUUUUCAUCCAGGGGCUUCUCAAAUUUCAAGAGAUACAGUAUCUCUAGACCAGGACCCUGUAACUGGCAGCCAAAUGAUACAGGCCAUGCUACAGUACAUCUGGCCAAAAGAUAAUCCAGCAAUAAGGGCCAGAGUUUCUUUGGCUGUGUCUCUUUUAGUAGGGGCUAAAGUGUUAAAUGUUUCUGUUCCUUUUAUAUUCAAAUACGCCGUUGAUUACCUGAAUAUGGCUGGAACUCUUAACAUGGACACUGCCCCUGAAACUGCAGCCACUGUAGCGGCCACAAUAUUAUUAGGGUAUGGUGUUGCAAGAGCUGGUGCAUCAGGUUUUAACGAAUUAAGAAAUGCUGUGUUUGCAAAAGUUGCUCAACAUUCAAUUAGGAAAAUAGCCAAAAAUGUGUUCCUUCACCUGCAUAACUUGGAUUUAGCAUUUCAUUUAGGCAGACAAACUGGAGCCCUAUCAAAAACUAUAGAUAGAGGAUCUAGAGGCAUUAAUUUUGUCUUAUCAGCCAUGGUGUUUAAUGUUGUGCCUACUGUGUUCGAAUUGGCACUGGUAUCUUCCAUAUUGGGACUUAAAUGUGGAGCUGCAUUUGCAGGCAUUUCUCUUGGUUGUGUGGGCUUAUACAGUGCAUACACCUUGGCUGUGACCCAGUGGAGGACAAGAUUUAGGGUUUACAUGAACAAAGCCGAAAACGAGGCCGGCAACAAAGCAAUAGAUUCGCUAAUAAAUUAUGAAACUGUUAAGUACUUUAAUAAUGAAAAAUUUGAAGCUGAUAGGUACAAUAACGUACUUAAAACAUACGAAGCGGCCAGCUUAAAGACGAGUUCCAGUUUGGCGUUAUUAAAUUUCGGACAAAAUGCCAUUUUCAGUGCUGCUUUAAGUGGUAUUAUGAUUUUGGCGGCAAAUGAAAUAGUUAAAGGUAAUAUGACUGUGGGCGAUUUGGUAAUGGUAAAUGGUCUUUUAUUCCAACUCUCGAUACCUUUGGGCUUUUUGGGUAGUGUAUACAGAGAAGUUAGACAGGCACUAAUUGACAUGCAAACAAUGUUUACGCUUAUGAUGAUGGAUAGCAGUAUAAAGAAUAAACCACUAGCGCCAUAUUUACACGUUGACGCGAAGUCAUCCUAUAUAACUUUUGAAAACGUCAGUUUUGAUUACGGCCCUGGAAAGGAAAUUUUUAAAGAUUUAAACAUUAAAAUUUCCCCUGGUAAAAAAGUUGCAAUUGUCGGCGGAUCUGGAUCAGGUAAAUCAACGAUAGUUCGCCUACUAUACCGGUUUUAUGAGCCCAGAGAAGGUCGCAUUUUGAUUGGAAAUACGGACAUCCGCGACGUGGAUCUAGACAGUCUGCGCAGGUCUAUUUCCAUAGUACCGCAAGACUCCGUCCUGUUCCACGAUACGAUCAAACAUAACCUGCACUACGGCGAUUUGACAGCCACGGACGAGCAGGUUUUCAAGGCGGCUCAGAUGGCGGAAAUACACGAUUCGAUCAUGAAGUGGCCGAAGGGAUACGAGACACAAGUUGGAGAGAGGGGUUUAAAAUUAUCAGGUGGCGAGAAACAGAGAGUUGCGAUUGCAAGGGCUAUACUGAAAAAUUCUCCAAUAUUAGUUUUUGAUGAAGCAACAAGUUCAUUGGAUUCCAUAACUGAAUAUAACAUUCUUCAAGCUCUUAGAAGAGCCACUUCAAAUCGUACUAGCAUAGUCAUAGCACAUAGGCUAAGUACGAUAAUGGACGCAGACGAAAUUAUUGUAUUAGAAAACGGAAGAGUAUCCGAGACCGGUACACACGAACUUCUACUAAGAGAUUCAAAUUCCUUAUAUUAUAAAUUGUGGUGUACUCAAAAUAUUAAAGCAUUUCCAACAGAAAAAUAAUAAUAAUUUUUACUAUCAAGUUCAAAAUUAGUGUACAAUUAAUUAAUUAAGUGUAUUAAAGUGUACAUUUCAUGAAGAGAGGAAUAUUUUUAUAAAAUACUUCUACACUGUGUUAUUUGUUUAUAUGUAAUGUAUACCUUUAUAACAGUUAUAGCUGUGUCAAAUUAUUAUUUAUUUAUUUGCUAGGUUUUAUUUUUUGAUCUGUUGAUUUGUCAUUAAUUUAUAAACAUUAUCUACAUGAUACCUUAUUUGGGUACAAUAACAGUUACUGUGUUAUUAUUAAAAUAAAUGUAAAUUAAAACAA